AUGGGGACCAAGGGCAUAGAGAUGGGAAUAUGGAAUAGCCUGGUGAGUUCCAGAAGAUGGCGUACGAGUGAAAAAAAUCAAUCAGAGAAGUUGGAUCUCGAGAAACAGCAGGUAGACGUGUGUCGUAGGCCUUCACGGAGACGCUGGCAAUCAUUUUUCACAUUACUGACGGUGUUUCUGACGCUCGUGCUUACUCUAACCUGCACAGACUGGCUCCCAGAUAGUAAGCUUCUGGGAUUAACACGGUGUGGUAGUUGGAAGCCGCAAGAAAAGGGUGUGACGAAAUCUUUCGAAAUUACGGUGGAGAAGCUCCCAGAGGUCGAGCCAUUGUACAGCCAGAAAUUACUGAAGCACUCUUUUGGAGACUCUUGGGGCAAGCCAGCAGUUGUUGAGUUCGAGCCCUACAAAGACGCCAGUUAUAAUAAGAUUAUACUGGAGCUGGUCACUAGAGUGUCUGGAAGGCAGUUCGACAGACUGCUGCAUGUGUUCCUUGACGACAUUAAUGUAUGGAGGUCGUCAACUGUUGAGCCCACUGGAGACGACAACGUGGUUGUCAGCGAAUCCAUCAAAGACGUGUCUCAAUAUUUGUCUCUUUUUGAUAAAGAGAGCAUUGAAUUGAAGUUUCAACUGGACAAUUUAGUGACUCCAAAACUCAAUGGCGUGUUUGAAGUUGAAUUGACAUUACAUUACUACCAAGAGGCUAAACCUGGUAAUGGGAAAGAAGACACUCUUCGUGAGGAAUUGCUCAGUUACUUCACUAGUCCUCCAACCUUCAUCGCACCCUUAGUUAAAAAAUUUAUCAGGACUCCGCUUCUGUAUUAUCCACUUUCGUCUCAGGAAAACCCACGUUGGACCCGCGAAUUGCCGGAGCUUGAAGAUCCAACUGACAUAAGCAGAGUCAUCUUAGAGGUAUUCGCCUCUGGCAAUGCAGCCGAGGAAUUUUGGUACACUAACGUUUUGGAUCGCUAUACUAAUAGGUUUCAUGACAACGGCCAUCAACUUCUAGGGCACGGUCCGCUUCGAGUCUUGAAAGCUUAUUUGACCAACUCGGAUACUGAACUUCUUGUGGACUCGGUGGUUCCUACUCCUGUGAUCUUUACAGGAGGAAUUUCGCCAGCACUAUGGAGACCUUGCGUUGGUAUGAAUGCAUUUGACAUCGAGAGUUACAAGAUUGACUUGACACCCUUUCUUCCUCUGCUAGCUGAAGGCGCGUGGGAAUUACAACUCGAAGUGGUGAGUAGUGUAGAUACUCACUACAAGCCUACAGUUGGAGAGAACUGGAUUCUAUCCGGAAAUUUAAUGAUCUGGAAGAAAACUUAUAAGGGGGUUGAAAUUGAGCCAACAGUUUUUUCAAACUCCUCAGAGCUUGAAACAAUUUUCCAGGUAGACGUUGACGAUGGGAACCCUGAGCAGUUAUUUCAAAAUGUUAUCGCCAAAACUGGUGUUUUAAUUGACAGCAUCAUUAAAAUCAAUGGGCAGACUUACAAUUUCACACGUUCCAUUGAAAGCAGCUUCAAAACAAACCAAACGUAUCUUGAAAAUGGUGACAUUGAACGGUCAGUUAUCGAAUUAGAGAAGGUACGCAGGUCUUUAAUCCACGCGAAUGAUUCAAUCUUAUUUGAUUAUAUUGAUAAGACAUUGUGGGACUUCGUUGGUGACGUACAGACAUUGGACGUCGAUGAAGAAAAAUCUGAAUUAACUUAUAAGGCGGCAAUUGUGCGUUCAUUGGGCCGCUAUACUGCUCUGCAGCAUGGAGAAGGUAAAUCAGAUAAAUCCAACACGGAUGUCUUGUUGUCUUUAAGUGGAUCUCAAGUUGGUGAAGCCACGUACACGCUUUCUCCUAAUGGGAAUCACGGUUCGGGAGACACUUUCCACAAUGUUUUAGUUGACCGCUCUUGGCCUCAUGAAGAAAGAUACAAACGUAGCGUCCUUGUGAGAGACAACAAGGUUGUGCUCGAUAUCUAUAAUAGAGAUUAA